AUGUCGGCCGAAAACGCCGAGGAACCGGCACGGGAUGGGCCGGAGGUGAAGAGCGUGGUGAGCCGCGUGGCCGCCCUGCCCCUGGUGAGCGGUGCCUGCGGGGCCGUGGCCGCCGCGUACGGGAGCACCAAGGAGCGGCACCCCCGCGUCCGCUCCGUCUGCGAUGCUGCCGAGAAGGGGGUGAAGACGCUGAUGACGGUGACCCAGCCCCUCCUCACCCAGCUGGAGCCACAGAUCUCCACUGCCAACGAAUUCGCCUGCAAAGGGCUGGACAAGCUGGAGGAGAAGCUGCCCAUCCUGCAGCAACCCCCUGAGAGGGUGGUGGCUGGAACCAGGGAGCUGGUGAGCGGGGCGGUGACCAGGACGCUCAGCAGCGUGGUGGGCACCCCCAUGGGGCGGCUGCUGCUCACGGGGGCGGACAGGGUGCUGGGGAAAUCGGAGCAGCUGGUGGACAGGUACCUUCCCAGGACGGAGGAGGAGCUGGAGGUGGCCCCAGCAGGUCCGGAGGUGGCCCCACCAGAGCGGCAGAGGCGGUGGCAGAGCUGCUUCAUCCGCGUGGGCUCCCUGUCGGCCCAGCUGCGGCACCGGGCCCUGCGGCGCUCGCUGGGCGAGCUGCGGCGGGCCCGGCACAGCGCCCAGCAGCUGCUGGCACAGCUCCACCACCUCAUCCAGCUGAUCGAGGAGGGGCAGCAGGGCACCGACGGGCCCCGGCGCGGCACCCGCCAGCGUCUCCACCGCCUGUGGCUGGAGUGGAGCCAGCAGGAGGCUGUGCCCAUGGAGGAGAGCCAGGUGGAGGCUCGGGCCCUGGCCAUGCUCCAGGGGCUCCUGCAGCAGCUCCAGGGCGCCUGUGCCCGCCUGGCCUCGGGCGCCCGGGCCUUCCCCAGCAGCGUGCAGGAGACGGCGGGGCACGUCCGGCACGGCGUGGAGGGCGUCCAGGCCGCCCUGGCCCGCGCCCGCUCCUUCCACGACCUGUCGGAGCUGGUGCUGGCGCAGAGCCGGGACGGGGUGGCGCGGGCGCAGCUGGGCAUCGACGAGCUGCUGGAGCACGUGGGGCAGCACACGCCCCUGCCCUGGCUCGUGGGACCCUUCGCCCCGGUGCUGGUGGAGUACCCCGAGGACGCCCCGCUGGAGAUGGCCAAGUGGGAGGGCUGCGACACCGUCGGGGGCACGCACCGGGCGUCACCGCCGGUGUGCGGCCAGCACUGAGCCACG